AUGCACUCCAAGGUCGUCAUCAUCGGCUCGGGCCCUGCAGGCCACACCGCUGCCAUCUAUGCUGCACGUGCAGACCUCCAGCCUGUUCUGUACGAGGGUUUCCUCGCUCUGGGAAUCGCUGCCGGCGGUCAGUUGACCACCACCGAUGAGGUUGAGAACUUCCCUGGUUUCACCAAGAUCCAGGGCGCAACAUUGAUGGACAACAUGCGCGCACAAUCCGAGGCCUGCGGUACCCAGAUCAUCACUCAGACUGUUGGCAAGGUCGACUUCUCACAGAGACCUUUCAAGUUCUGGCUCCACCCAUUGGGCGACGACGAGAACCUCGAGGAAGAGACACACACAGCCGACAGUAUCAUCAUCGCAACCGGUGCCAAGGCAAGAAGAUUGGAUCUGCCUGGUGAGGAACAAUACUGGGGUAACGGUGUCAGCGCAUGCGCCGUAUGCGAUGGUUCGCUACCAAUCUUCAGACAGAAGCCUCUUGUCGUCAUUGGAGGUGGUGACUCGGCCGUCGAGGAGGCCAUUUACCUUACCAAGAAGGCUUCCAAGGUCACUGUGCUUGUUCGUAAGGACCAGCUCCGUGCCAGCAAGGCAAACGCCCGUAGAUUGAGCACCAACCCCAAGGUUGAGAUCAAGUACAACACCGUUGCUACCAAGAUCACCGGCGAGGACAAGCCUCGUGGUCUUAUGACCGGUCUUACCAUCAAGGAUAUCAAGUCUGGAAAGGAAGAGGAUAUUGCUGCCAAUGGUCUUUUCUACGCUGUUGGUCACGAGCCGGCCACCUCUCUCUUUAAGGGACAGCUGGAAAUGGACGAGGACGGCUACUUGGUCACCGAGGCCGGUACCACUCACACCAACAUCGAGGGUGUUUUUGCUGCAGGAGACGUUCAGGACAAGAAGUACCGUCAAGCCAUCACCAGUGCAGGUUCUGGCUGUAUCGCUGCUCUUGAGGCCGAGAAAUUCCUCGCUGAACACGACACUGGUGUAGAGAAGGGUAUCGAGGACCAAGAGGUCAAGAAGAGCCAGACCGAUAGUGAUGCCCCUGAGUACAAGCAAAACCCCCUGUUGUAG